GGGGCGGGGCGGGGCGCUCGGGCGCGGGGCGGGGCGCGGCUCAGCCCCUGCGGGGAGACCUGCCCCGGCCCAGCCGAGAGGUGAACCAGCCCCGCCCCCUCUGCCGGCGCCGCCACGUACCUUCUCGCCUCAACCCUGCUUGAAACCUGCUUUCCCUGCCGCGCAGCCUAACCCGCGGCCCGGCGGCCGCCCAAUCAGAACCCUACGCGAGGACCAGAAGCGGGUCAGGCCCCGCCAAUCGGCGCUGCCCCGGAGGCGGGUCCUAUUGCUAUAGGAACCGGAGCGGGGUCUGGCGGAGAGCUGCUGCUGCUGCGGGGGGUGCCGGCGAAGCGGCGGCGGCGGGUUCUGGUCGCGCUGUCAGGAGCGGCUGCGGAGCCCUGCCCGGCACGGCCCCUGCCCGAGAGGUCUCUGCGCUGGGUCCUGCCCCGGGCGCCCAGAGCGAGAGGAAGCUCUAGUGAGUGAUGAUGUUUCAGAUGAGGUGGAGAACCAUCCUACCACAACAGUGUGUUCUGCUGGUGACAUGUCUCCUAAUCAAUUUGGAAGCAGUGCCUAUAGACAUAGACAAGACAAAAGUUCAAGGAGAACCCCAUGUAGAAGGAGCAAAAAUAGAAACCCCAGAUACUGGGCUUUAUUAUGAUGAAUAUCUCAAGCAAGUGAUAGAUGUCCUAGAAACAGAUAAACAUUUCAGAGAGAAACUUCAGACUGCUGAUAUAGAGGAAAUAAAGAGUGGAAAGCUAAGCAAAGAGCUAGACUUAGUAAGCCAUCAUGUGAGAACAAGGCUGGAUGAACUGAAAAGACAAGAAGUGGCAAGGUUAAGGAUGCUAAUUAAAGCUAAAAUGGAUUCCUUUCAAGACACUGGCGUAGACUAUCAAGCUCUCCUUAAACAGUUUGAACACCUCAACCACCAGAAUCCUGAGACAUUUGAAUCUAAAGAUUUAGAUAUGUUGAUCAAAGCAGCUACAAGUGACCUGGAAAACUAUGACAAGACACGCCACGAUGAAUUUAAGAAAUACGAGAUGUUGAAGGAACAUGAAAGGAGAGAAUAUUUAAAAACACUGAAUGAAGAGAAGAGACGGGAAGAGGAAUCCAAAUAUGAGGAGAUGAAGAAAAAGCAUGGAGAUCACCCCAAAGUGAAUCAUCCUGGAAGCAAAGACCAACUGAAAGAGGUGUGGGAGGAGUCGGAUGGGCUGGAUCCUAAUGACUUCAAUCCUAAAACAUUUUUCAAGUUACAUGAUGUCAAUAAUGAUGGCUUCUUGGAUGAGCAAGAAUUAGAGGCCCUGUUUACUAAAGAGCUGGAGAAAGUAUAUGACCCCAAAAAUGAAGAGGAUGAUAUGGUGGAAAUGGAAGAAGAAAGGCUAAGAAUGAGAGAGCAUGUUAUGAAUGAGAUUGACGUCAACAAGGACCGGUUAGUAACUUUACACGAAUUCCUGAAAUCUACAGAGAAAAAAGAAUUUUUGGAGCCAGAUAGCUGGGAGACAUUGGAUCAACAGCAGGUCUUCACCGAAGAGGAGCUGAAGGAAUUUGAAACGCAUAUUUUGCAGCAGGAAGAUGAACUCCAGAAGAAGGCAGAAAAUCUUCAACAACAGAAAGAAGAGCUGCAGAGACAGCAUGACCAGCUUCAGGCUCAGAAACAGGAACUUCAGCAGGUUAUGGAACAGAGGAAGCUACAGCAAGGAAGUUCUCUAUCAGGACCAGCUGGGGAACUGAAAUUCCAGCCACCUGGGGAACACCAAGUCGGAAAUGCACAAAACCAUCUUGCAGGUGAUCAGCCUUUACCGCCAGGGCACAUACCAGUUCAAGAAACAGCCGCUGGAAGUGACCAUGUUCAAAUUCACCCUUAACCACUUGUGCCUCAACUUUAUACCGUCUUUAUUAUUUUGGGAGUUGGGGUUGGGGACUUAAACAGAAACAGAGUGAAAUAUGAACUGCCCACAAGCAAGUGAAGAAAGUGAAGUCAUUGGGAAUGUUACAACUUUACAAUUCAAACCCAACUGAUGUUUAAAUUAGAUUAGUUUAAUCUUCUGUGCAUCAGUGAGAAAGAUAACAGGCAGAUCAAUUGCAGGUUAAAAGUUGCGUGGGAGGUUGGAGGGGAGGAAUGGAAGAAAUAACAAAAAAGCAGCAUCUCUCCACUUUCUGUAAACAAAUCUCCAACAGCUCAGUCCCUGGAGCACAGAAGUCCUUAUGACCAAUAGUUAGGCAUUAAUCAGGAAUUCACUUUCUAGAGAAGCAGAUAACAGGACUAGAGAUCCAGCUAAUCCUGUUUCAUAUAGAAACACUUUCCAGAAGCACUAAACUGCAGAAUUUGGGGAAACUAGGCCCAGGAAUGGAGGUCUUCAGUUUCCAGUACUGCCAAUGCUUUUCUCCUUUGAGACCAAAUAAAAACAAACCUGCUCUGAUUAAUUUCAAGAAAUCAGCACUUUUAAAAAUGUAACUGCAGGAAAGAAUUUUAGAACAGUGAAUACUUUUCACGUUUACAGAUAGCUAUGAACUUCGCUGUAAGCCUUCAAAACGGAAUACUGUACUUAUGGUGUGUUGAUCUGAACCAUCCUCAUUGUUAAGAUGAAUCCAGUGUAGCAGCUGAGUGCUCAUCUUGCAGAGUGGCUGUUAAGACUAUAUUCUUGUCCCUCUUUCUUUCAUUAUCUUCUAGCUGCUCUCAACAUUUUGCAUGCUAUUAAAACGAGGGUUUUCUUCGGUUGAUGAAAAAAUAUUGUGAGAAAUAGAAAAAGGACUGUCUUUUUCUGUGCAUAUUAUCCUACUUCCUGUGGUAAAACCGUCCGCUCAAAAUCCACAGUAUGUUUCAAACAGCUUUUUUCAGACAAGACAUUCUGACUGCUAGAGUCUCUCUGGUUUCCCAUUGUUAAUGCUCAUUCGUUUUACAACAAUCGAUAUAAUUUUAUGAAAUUCCCUGAAACAGGCACAUGUCAUGACUGUAUAGUUUUGGUAUUGGUACCAAGCUGGUUUCUUCAAGCUAACCCAAGCUUUUACAAGAAAUUAUUUGAUUUACCUGUGAAUGUUGCCAAGAUGUAGAAAAAGAUCCAUUUCGUAUUUCAGACCUAAAGGAAGUAUCUUGAAGUCCAAACCCAAUUCCUUUAACAUUAAUGUUUUCCCUUUGCAGAAAACUGGUUCUGACUUUUUAUAUAAACAUAUCCCUCCCUCCAAUCGGGAUCAUUCAGAUCCCUUCCCAUUCUAUAGCUGCCUGCCAAAAAUGACAGUAUGUGGAAUGGGUCAGCUUUUAAAUAAAUAAAAGUAAGCCUCUGUUCUGGAGAGAUGUAUGCCAGCAUGUGUCAUGGUAACUAGAGAAAGAUGGGUAUUUGCAAAGUAGUUCAAGCAGUAUUUUUUUUUCCACAGAAGAACUUCAAGACAUUUGUUUUGUAGCAUCUUAGACAUUAGAGAUUAGAGAAUAGCUAAUGCAGACUUCUUCAUGCAGGAUGGAGCAUAUUCCCUUUCUCCAAUCUAGUUUUAAAGGACUUACGUUCUUCCUUGGGAAACAAUUCCACAAGGUCUAAUAGAGCUUGCUUGUCAGGAUAAUUUUCCUGAUGAUCAGUUUUGAUUUUUUUCUCCAUUUCAUCUUGUUAAUUGUAUGUAGGCCACAGUUCCUUUCCUCCUUGGCAUUGACACUCUUCAAGCAGUGGUAGGUUUCUUCCCCCCCGAACCUCUUUUGUGGUUUGCUCAAGAUGUAUAACAUUUUAAACCUUUCUUCAGAUUAACAGGUCCUUGGUCUUUCCUUGUUACUUUUACAUCAGUUUGAUUUAUUUAUUUGUCCACAGAUCAGAUUACUUUUCUGCAGUUCCAAUCCCUUGCUAGGAAUCCCCCCAUAAAGGAGGUUCGGGGCAGUUGUAGCCAGGUCCAGUAGAGUCAUACUAGCAUGGCAGGACACAAGGAGGCAGCACUGGGAACCCAGAUGUAGCACAGGGCCUUCUCCAAUGAAUGGCCCUGGUGUUGGGUUUGUAAGCUGAUUCUUGGGAGAUGGGAGUUCAGCCACACUGCUCAAGAGGAGUCCAUGAGGAGAAACUUGGGGAGAUUUGCUCCCUCCUCCACAUGGGUUUUACCGCGAGAAGGCUGGUCCAGCCAUAAAUUUGCAUAACACCCAGAAUGAAGGAAUUGUAAUCCUUGUGUGAGGUCCCUAGGCACUACUGCAAUAUAAAUAAUAGCUUCUCUCUGUGUUAAGUCUCUGACAUCAAAGUUUUCUCAGUAAUUUAUCCUUCCAGCCGUAUCCGAUGAAGUGAGCUGUAGCUCACGAAAGCUUAUGCUCAAAUAAAUUUGUUAGUCUCUAAGGUGCCACAAGUCCUCCUUUUCUUUUUGCCAUCAAAGUUGUUUUCAAUCCCCAAUAAUUCAGUAUUACAUAUAAUGCAGUACAGAUCUUUAAAUGCAAAAUAAAACUGCAUUUGCCACAAAUCACAUCUGCACCCCAUGAGACACAUGCUCCAAGCUUAGUAACUGCUUUAGUCAAACAUUAGAUUCCUCCCCCCCACCCCGCCCCGUUUAAGGGUAGAAUGGCCCAACUCUACACCACUGAUCACAGCCUAUUCUAAGCACAUCUAUUUAGUUUUGUUCUGAUUGAUAAUAAUCUGUCUUAUUUUUGUGCUUUAUGGGAAGAUGGGCAUUAUGUAGGUUUAUAGUCAAUUAUUUAUUCCAAGCCCUCAAACACUGAGGUAUUAAUAAAGUAUUGUGGUAUCUAGGUGCUGAACGUAGGCUCUUCCUUACCUUUGUGACUGCCACAGCUAUUGUGACCGCCCUGAUGCAGGGGAAGCCAAGGUGUUCCUUUGUCACUUCGUUGUGGGUCACCAUUUUUCUGUAUGCAAAAAUCUCUCAACAGUUUUAUACUGCAGCUGCAUCACUCUAUGCCAGCCAGUAGGGUGAGCUCCCAGGAAAGAAGUGCACACUGUCAGAUCAACUUCUGUGGGUCUGUUCUCAUUGUCUGUUUUCUUUUCAUACAAUAUUAUCAAUUUAACCUCUUUAAAUAGAUUUUUUUUAAAAUGAGAUAUAGCUCGUUUUUACAAGGAACAGGCAGACUUUGGAUUAUUGGAUCAAAUCCAGCUCUAGUCAAAGGUCACCUACUGAUAACUGUCUGGCCUAAUUUUUUAGUCUCUAAGGUGCCAUAAGGACUCCUUGUUGUUUUUGCUGAUACAGACUAACACGGCUGCCACCACUCUCAAACCUGUCUGGCCUAAAAUGUUCGUGACAUUAACCAACUUGCUAGUGGACAAUUGUCUACGUUGCACAAAAGCCCACCUUAAAUGGUUCCCUUCUUUGCUGUCUGCAAAGAGGUCAAGGAGUGAAUGGACAUGGAGACUGAACUUACUCUCAAAAGUUUAGUCUUCAGGUCAGAGUUUGACAUAUUAGCAGGGCACCUGGGAAAGCUUGUCCUGCUGCUGCCCAUGCAGCACCUGUUCUAGGAGUCACCAGAGCUCUCAAUCUGGCACCUUUCUCCAGUACUAAAUUCACUGAAGUCUUUUUUGUAAAAGCAGGAUAAAAAAAAAAAUGCAUCGCUAUGGGUUCUCCCUCUUCAGGAACCCUCUGCCUUAAGAUGAUGAUGUGCAGGGUGCUUAAAAUAAUGCUUAUAAAUGCAGUGUUUGUCGCUUUAAUUACUUAUAGCAUGUUACUUUCAUUUCUGCUGUUUCCUUUCUCAUGCAUGGAAAGACUAACCAGUAUUGCCCACUUCAGGCAUGCAUCUCAGCUGAAGAUUUUGUUACUAUGGUACUGAUUUCUCAGAAGCCUCUCAAGGUCAUAAGUAUGAAUAAAAAUGAUGUUUAUAGCUAAAUGAGGGAACAGAAAGUGAUAAUGGGCAUCUUACUAGAUUUUCCAAGCUGUACCAGGGACUGAAGUGUCAUGGAUACCACUACUUUCAGGCUUACUUGGUUUUAUUUUGUCUUAAAGGCCAUUAAAAGAAAAUUUAAUGUAACUUGGUUUUGACACACAUUCCAUUACUUUAUCACAGUGGUUCCUAAACUUGUUCUGCCCCUCGUGCAGGGAAAGCCCCUGGCGGGCCGCGCCGGAUUGUUUACCUGCCGCAUCCGCAGGUUCGCUGGCCGAGGGACGUACUGGCCGCUGCUUCCAGCGGCUCCCAUUGGCCUGGAGAAGCGAACCGCGGCCACUGGGAGCCGCGAUCGGCCGAACCUGUGGACACAGCAGGUAAACAAACCAGCACGGCCCACCAAGGGCUUUCCCCGCACAAGUGGCGGAACAAGUCUGGGAACCACUGCUCUAAAAGAUGUAAACAUUGAAUUUCACAUUUAUUUUAUUUUAUUGUUGGGCAUGGGAGGCAGGGAAAGGGGUAGGUUGGUCAAUGUUGUAAAAAUUCAUAUCCUCCGGUGCAAUAUUUGUAGAAAAAAAAAUGUCCCCCACAUCCUUUGUAUAGAUUAGAUUUUAACUGGAUUAAAUUGAAACAACUCAAA